AUGUGGACUAAAGCCAUUUCACUGCUACUCUUAGCCAUUUCACUAUCGAUUGCUUAUCCUCAAUUCAACUUGAAAUCUGAAAAUAUCUUGAAUAUCAGCAAAAUUAUCAAUAAAAUUGACUUGGAACGAAAUAUUAAUACACUUCGAAUCGUAAAUGCCCACUCCACAAAGCAGAGUUGUCUUUCCGAUGAUGAUAUUCGUCGGCUCAGCUCUAAUAAAACCGUUAAUUUACAGCAAGCGAACAGUGCCUGCGGCAAUUUGUCUAACCUAACAAAUGAUGAUAUGCUUGUAAUCCGCUGUUUGCCUCCGAUCUUCAAGGCCGAUUUAUUGGAGAUGAUGAUCGCUUGCUUGGGAAAUAAUCGCCAUGUCCGCAUACUUUUCAUUUGGAACAUCGAAUACACCACCGCUGCUUCGCUACAACGGCGCCAGGAACUAAAACGCCAGCAGCAAUUACUUUUCGAAUAUUGUGCCCGAAUGCAUUUACUGAACGUAGUCAGUCUCUAUAGAGACUACGCAGUGGAUGGACAUUUCUAUACUUUUAGUUAUUUUCCACAAUUCAACAUCCAACGUAAAACAUUGGCGGAGGAUUGCUUUCCGGAACGAAUAAAGGACAUAAAAGGUGCUGUCAUUCGAACUGCAAUGGAACAAAUUGAUCCAUGGACAUUGGUGUGGCGCGAUCGACAGGGAAAUGUUCAAAUUGGCGGAUUUUUGAUAAAAAUUGUGCGUGAAUUCACUGCGAGAAUAAAUGGUACACUCACCUUUCCGAUAGCCGUGCAAACAGAUGUGUAUCAAGGUUUACCACUGUGGACGACCCUAUUACAAAAUAACACAGUCGACAUAAUAACUGGAAUAUUAUCUUGGGCUUUAGAGAGAAAUGGUAUUGAUGUAUCGACACCAUUGCUGCCGGUCGAUUGGCUGGUUAUGGUGCCAAUGCCUCCGCUGGUCCCCGACAGUGAAGUGCUUUUAUUUAUUCUAAAUUCGGUGUUGGGUCUUUUUAUGAUAUUACUACUCUUCGUCUUCUCCGUCGUACUAACAUUUGAAACUGUACUUUGGCGUCGUCGUUGUUCUCCAACAGCCACUGUUCAAAUCUUCCUUUGGGUGUUUAUCAAUGUAGUGCUUCGUUGCGUAAUUGGACAGCCAUCGUGUGUAAGAGUCCGCGCUACUGCCAGAUAUCUAAAACGCUGCUUGUAUUUUACUCUCUUCUUCAGUGGAAUCUUUAUGAGCACAUAUAUUUCCGCUGGACUGCAGUCGUACUAUACUAGCAAGCCACCGAAAUACGCUCGCUUAGAAACCUUGAAUGAUUUGAUACAAUCCAAAAUACCAAUGAAAUCGAGCGCGUUUCAAAAGGAAAUCCUUCACACAUACAUCGGUGUUGAAAAUGCCGAACGCUUAAAACAGCAUUUCGUGGUUGAGCCUUCGCAUAUUAAAUUACAACUCCAACGUUUAUCUAUGGAUGGGAUCUAUGCUUACAGUUUACUGAGCUCACUUUGGCCCAUCUUAGCAAGAUAUCAGUCGAAUUUACCACGCCCCCUUUACUAUAUAAGCGAAGAAAUUUCAUUUUCGAAGUCAAUUCCUAUGUCAAUACCAAUACAGGAACACUCUAUUUAUAGGGAGGCGCUCAACAACUUUCUCGGUCAGUUACAUAGCGCGGGCCUAGUCGAUCUAUGGACCCGUCAGGGAUAUGAUGAUAUGGUAGCAGCAAAAAAGUUGAACACCACAAGAGUGACGCAAGUAAAACGUGAACACUUGGAGUUGGAAGAUUUCUACUGGUUGUGGUAUUUGUAUGGCAUUGGCAUGAGCUUGGGCGUUUUGGUAUUUUGCACUGAGCUUUGGUAUUACAAUAGAAAAAUUAAAAAUGCGGUUACAGCAGACCGGCAUGUUCUUGAAGAUGUGCGUUGAUGAUUCGCUUAAAAUUGGAAAUACGCACAUGCUUACAUACAUACAUAUGUACGCUGACUUUAAACUUUAAACACACAGUAUCUCCACAA